GCUCCAGGAGACACCUGCUGCUGACGCCUUGCAACCAUGAUGAUCCGCGUGCUCUCCCUGCUGCUGGGCGCCGCGCUGCUCUGCGGCCACGGAGCAUUCUGUCGCCGGGUGGUUAGCGGCCAAAAGGUGUGUUUUGCUGACUUGAAGCAUCCCUGCUACAAAAUGGCCUACUUUCAUGAACUGUCCAGUCGCGUGAGCUUCCAGGAGGCGCGCCUGGCUUGUGAGAGUGAAGGAGGAGUCCUCCUCAGUCUUGAGAAUGAGGCAGAACAGAAGUUAAUAGAAAGCAUGCUGCAGAACCUGACCAAACCUGGAACAGGGAUUUCUGAUGGUGAUUUCUGGAUAGGGCUUUGGAGAAAUGGAGAUGGCCAAACAUCUGGUGCCUGCCCAGAUCUCUACCAGUGGUCUGAUGGAAGCAGCUCCCAGUACCGAAACUGGUACACUGAUGAACCUUCCUGUGGAAGUGAAAAGUGUGUUGUAAUGUAUCAUCAACCCACUGCUAACCCUGGUCUUGGGGGUCCCUACCUUUACCAGUGGAAUGAUGACAGGUGCAACAUGAAGCACAAUUAUAUCUGCAAGUAUGAACCAGAGAUCAACCCAACAGCUCCUGUAGAAAAGCCUUAUAUUACAAUUCAACCAGGAGACACCCAUGAAAAUGUGGUUGUUACUGAAGCAGGCAUAAUUCCCAAUCUAAUUUAUGUUAUUAUACCAACGAUACCACUGCUUUUAUUGAUACUGGUUGCUUUUGGAACCUGCUGUUUCCAGAUGCUGCAUAAAAGUAAAGGAAGAACAAAAACCAGCCCAAACCAGUCCACAUUGUGGAUUUCAAAGAGCACCAGAAAGGAAAGUGGCAUGGAAGUAUAAUAAUUCACUGAUUUGGUUCCAGAAAUGAAAAUAGUUUUAUACUUCUGGAUCAGUAUAAGGAAUGGCAUCAGAACAUAGCUUGGAAUGGCUUGAAAUCUCCAAGGAUCUGCAAGAUGAACUGUAAGCUCCCCCUUGAGGCAAAUAUUAAAAUAAUUUUUAUGUUUAUGAUUUCAUUUACAAAAAAUGCUGUGCUAAUACUGGAGUGAGACAUGCUUAUUUUGCUAAAGGAAGCACCCAAACUUCAAGUAAAUAAGAAUGGACCAUGCAGAUGAAAUUGCUGUCAACACAUUAGGAGUCUAUGUGUUGGAAGCAUUUAUUUUUAUUUUUCACCUUUCAUAAGUUGUAAUCUAGUUAAUGUAAUGUAAAUUGUAUUGAAAUUUACAAUGUGCAGAAAUAUUUUACCUUUGCAUAUAUGUUUGAUAGAAAUGGACUCUUCUAAUAUUUAUUUUUAUGGCAUUUCAUUUUUCAAUACAUACUGUUUUGAUUAUAAAGGUAAAUCACUAUUGUCAACUGAACUCACACACAAAGAUACAUUACCAUAGAAAAACAUUGUUUUCUAGAAAUGGUUCAUCUUUUUUCAGUUUCUGUGUUUUUGGUUGGACAAUGUGUAGGAAAUCUCUUAAGAAAUAAGAAGCUAUUUCAUUAACUGUGGUGUAAAUCUCUUGAAAUAUUUGACUUAGAGGCAAGUACUGUCUAAUUUCAAUUGUGCAAGACAUGUGCCUUACAAUUGUUUUUAGUUUUUAGUUUAAAAUUAAAUAGAUUUUAUAAUAAAAUAACUUUACUAAUAGCUGUAUGAAUAGUAUUAUGGUCAAUCUUGAACAAAUGUGGCAUACACAGUAUAAAUCAUUAUGUCUUCACAUGUUGCCUACAUAGCUACAAGUAGCUGAACUACAAGGGUUCUGGAAUCAUUGUGGACCCUCCCUUGCCAACCAAGCAAAGAUGGCUGUUUGCAGGCUCAGGAUUGACAUCGGAGGCAGAUACUUGGAGAAUUUUUCUAAGGUUUCCCUAGCUGAAUUUAGCCUCUUUAGUAUAUAAGGGGGCCGUAUAGGUGAGACCAGGUGAAUGGUUUUCAUCAGUGUGGAGCUGAGCACAGCACACUCACAUUUUAGGACAAGAAAAGAACUACGAAUCACAUCAACUAAUGUCACAUGGUUGAAGGUCAUUGAUGAUUGAAUAUUCAUUGAUGAGGGUUUAUUUGUGAUGGUAAACCGUGGCUCCUUUCUGUCUAAUCUCCUAGUUUCUUCAAUUUUCUGACUUGUUCUUAAGAGAGAGUUGUAACUAUUUGGACUUCAAAUGUUCCUGUGCUCCUUUUAACCAAAUAAAAAGUUCUUGUUUCUGAAGAA